AUGGCUCUCGGUAAACUAAAGAAUAUGUCUCCCUUAAUAAACAGCUCCCAUAGCUCUAUUAAUGGUACCUCCAAUGGUGCGAAUGCGAAACCAAAUGGGGCAGAUACAGACGAUAUUGAUGAGAAUGAUGAAUCCGGUCAGAGCAUUCUAUUUAAUAUUAUUUCGCAACUAAAGCCCGGGUGUGAUUUAUCAAGAAUUACUCUACCGACCUUUAUCCUGGAAAAGAAAUCAAUGUUGGAGAGGAUCACCAAUCAAUUACAGUUUCCAGAUGUUCUUUUGGAAGCCCAUUCCAACGGAAAUGAGCUGCAAAGAUUUGUCAAGGUGGUCGCAUGGUAUUUGGCUGGAUGGCACAUUGGUCCCAGAGCUGUAAAGAAGCCAUUGAAUCCGAUUCUUGGAGAACACUUCACGGCUUAUUGGGAUCUAGCUAAUAAGCAACAGGCAUUUUAUAUUGCAGAACAAACAAGUCACCAUCCUCCUGAAUCAGCAUACUUUUACAUGAUCCCAGAAUCGAACAUUCGCGUUGAUGGGGUUGUGAUACCAAAAUCAAGAUUUUUAGGAAACUCAAGUGCCGCAAUGAUGGAAGGUCUAACUGUGUUACGGUUCCUUGAUAUCAUGGAUUCUAACGGUAAACCAGAGAAGUAUACCCUGUCCCAACCAAAUGUCUAUGCAAGGGGUAUUUUAUUUGGUAAAAUGAGGAUUGAACUUGGGGAUCAUAUGGUUAUUACAGGUCCUAAUUACCAAGUUGACAUUGAAUUUAAAACAAAGGGUUUUAUUUCCGGUACUUAUGACGCGAUCGAAGGUACAAUUAAGGAUUACAAUGGCAAGGAAUAUUAUCAAAUAAGUGGCAAAUGGAAUGAUGUUAUCUACAUCAAAGACCUAAGAGAAAAAAGUUCAAAAAAGACUGUGCUUUUUGACACUCACCAACAUUCUCCUCAGGGUCCAAAAGUACGUCCGUUGGAGGAACAGGGUGAAUAUGAAUCUAGACGACUAUGGAAGAAAGUUACUGAUGCGCUAGCCGUUCGUAAUCAUGAGGUAGCCACUGAGGAAAAGUUUCAGAUUGAAAAUCACCAAAGAGGGCUGGCUAAGAAAAGAACUGAGGACGGUGUAGAGUUCCAUCCGAAACUCUUUAGAAGAGCAGAACCAGGUGAAGAUUUGGAUUACUACAUUUACAAACACAUUCCUGAGGGAAUGGAUAAGCACGAAGAACAAAUUAGAAGUAUUCUUGAAAUUGCCCCCAUUUUACCAGGACAAGCAUUCACGGAAAAAUUCUCUAUUCCAGCUUACAAAAAGCAUGAAAUUCAAAAUGAAUGA